GCGAGAGCUUGGGGGGGCAGGCUCUGGAUUGGUGUUCUGGGCAAUUUCAACUUCAGGGCAACUUUUGAGAACUUCAGUUAUUUUUGGUUCUGACAUACAGCUGAGACCAGGGGAGCCUGAGGUUGAUGCUGAUGCAGAAGAAGACGAUUCUGUCAAUGAAGUGACAAUAGAAAACAUACGGCCAAGGCCACAAGGAUCCUCUCCAGUUUAUGAGUAUUCCAUAGAAGAAGAAUAUUUUAACAAAAAGCUACAAGAAGAUACAGAGAAUGAAAAAUAUUCCACAGACAAACAAAAAAUGAGUCAUUCACAGGAGUCUAUGGAGGUGACCCUGAAAACAGAAGUGGAAUCUGGUGCUAGCGGUUUUAGUGUGACUGGUGGAGGAAAUGAAGGAAUAUUUGUAAAACAGGUGCUCAAGGGAUCCCCUGCUUCGAAAAUAUUCAGUUUGAGAGAAGGUGAUCAGCUAUUAAGUGCCACAAUAUUUUUUGAUAAUAUCAAAUAUGAAGAUGCACUCAAGAUUCUACAAUAUUCCGAGCCAUACAAAGUACAAUUCAGUCUCAAGAGAAAACUUGCUGGGAAAGAAGAGCUAGAAAAAAUUCAUUCUACAGCACAACACAAGAAGGAAAAAAUAAGUCAGGAAAAAGAGCUUAAUGAAAAAAUUCCUGGAACAACACUGGAAAUUUCAGAAAAGAUUAUUUCAGAAGAAGACAAGGAAAAGGGAAUUGUAAAACAAAGGGUGGGAAGAACAAAACGACCCAGAAAAGAGAGAUUGUCCUGGCCCAAAUUCCAGUCAAUGAAAAAUAAAAAGAUUUUGGGGCACAGAAGAUCUCAUAGUACAUCAGAUGCACAUGAGCAUGCGACACAAGAUAUUUCCCCAACAAGCACUGACACUGAGUCACAAUUACAACAAGAAGAAUUCUGUUCUAAAGAGAAAAAAGGAAGCCAAAAGAAACUGAAGUUCCCUAAUAUUGGAUUCAAAAUGCAUAGAACAAAAGCAGAAACAGAAGAGAAGCAGAGAUUAGAAAUAAAAACCAUGACACCAACAAAAAAGGAUAAAAUACGAAAAGAAGAUGUCAGCAUGGAAACUCCAGAAAUACUAACUGUACAAUAUAGCGCAUCUUCCGCAUAUGAAACAAAAGUAAGUGAAAUACAAGACAAUGUCAAAAAAGACUUAAAAGACAUGGAAAAUGGCUUACCAAUUUAUACAGAGAAGUACUCUGAAGUUGAAAUUAACAUUACAAAACAAAAAGACCAGAUAGCAACAUCUAAACCUACUACUGCAACAUCACAAAUACCACCAAUAACAACAGAAAUUUCUAAACCUACAUCAGAAAUACAAACACCUGGUCUCAAAGACAUACAAAGCAAACAAAUACCACAAGCUUUACCAAGGACGAGAAAAAAGAAACAAAAAGGUUCAUCAGAAGAAAAAUCCAUCAAAAUUUCUCUGCAACCUCCUGAAGAAGGGAUAACAAAUAAAGAAAUGAGGGAUCACCUAGAACACACUUCUGUUCAAAUAAAGGGCCUAGAAAUAAAAACAACAAAAAAAGAAACCGGAAAAACAAAACAAGAAAACGAGAUGAAUGAAGAAUGUGAGCACGAUCAGAUGCAAAUAUCAGAUAUACAAAAAGAAAACUUUGGCAUUUACACCAAUAAGGGAAAGAAGCCAGAAAGUGAAAUCACAUUACACAAACUGGAAACUGACAUACACAAGAAAACAGUAAAAAUAGAAGCAACUGAAAUUGAUAUGAACGUCCCAAAAGCACCAGUGCAAAUCGAUCCUGUGACAGAGGGCUCAGGCUGGAAAAUGCAACUGCUAUCACUCAAAAUGCCAAAAGUGCUGAAAGCAGACAUUCAAGCACCAAAGGUGGACAUCACCCUCCCAUCAGUAGAUGUUUCUCUUCCAAAGGCCAAGGUGGACAUUAAGGGCCCAGAAACAACAGCUAAAGCGGUGGAGAUAGAAGGGGAAAUAAAAGCCACUGAUAAAGAUGCUAAAGGAAAAGAAAGUAUAUUCAAAAUGCCAACAUUUGCCAUGCCUUCAUUUGGCUGGUCCACCUCAAAAGAGACCAGUGGUGGAGUAGCAGAUGUUGAACCAAGCCUCAAAGAGCCCCAGGUGACAUUGCCAUCAGCCAGGGAAGAAGGAGAGAUAACAGUGUCAGGACCGGCAAUCCAGGCUCCAAGUGUUGAACUGGAAAUCGGGAUUUCUGCAGGAAAAGAUGGUGAGAAGGGAAAAAUUAAAAUGCCUGAUGUUAAGCUGCCGAGUGUGAAGCUUCCUGAGGUCAAGGCUCCCCAGGUACAGGUCAGUCUGCCAAAGGUGGAGGCAGAUAUUUCCCUUCCCAAAUCACAAGCCCAAAUUAAAGAGGGGGGAUUUGAAGUGAAAGUUCCCGACAUGGAAAGCCUUAUUGAAGUUGAGACAGGGAAAACUGAGGCAACAGGGAUGAAAAUACACAUGCCAAAAGUCAAGAUGCCUUCUUUGGGAUUUUCUAAACCAGAAAUCAAAGCUCCCAAAGGAGAUGUGGAUGUUACUAUAUCCAAAGUCGAUGUCACACUUCCAACGUGUGAUGUCAGUCUUCAAGAAGCUGACCUGAAAGCAGCCUCUGUUCCCGCAGAUGUCAAAAUCUCAACACCUGGAGUCAAGAUGCCCAAAAUAGAAGGUUCCGUUCAGCUGAAGGGUCCAGGGAUUGAAGUGAAACAGCCAUCAGCUGAAAUUAGAGUGGAGGGACCAGAGGGGAAAGCUGCCAGUUUAGAAGGGAAAAUUCAAAUGCCUAAAUUUGAAAAGCCAAAGUUUGGAGUUUCACAUCCAAAAGGCAAAGUGCCAGAAGGCGAGAUCAGCUUACCCAAAAUGGAAGAAGCUGACAUUCCCAAGCCAAAAGUCAAAGGCCAAGUAGGUGCAAUUGGCAUGGAAAUCCCGACGCUAACAGUGGAAGCUGAUGUUCCCGACGUAGAAACUGAGGCUUCCAGCUGGAAAAUGCAAAUGCCAUCACUCAAAAUGCCCAAAAUGCCGAAAGCAGAUAUUGAAGUACCAAAGGUAGACAUUACCCUCCCAUCAGUAGAUGUUCCUCUUCCAACAGCCACGGUGGACAUUAAGGGCCCAGAAGCAACAGCUAAAGCAGUGGAAAUAGAAGGGGAAAUAAAAGCCACUGAUAAAGAUGCUAAAGGAAAAGAAAGUAUAUUCAAAAUGCCAACAUUUGCCAUGCCUUCAUUUGGCUGGUCCACCUCAAAAGAGACCAGUGGUGGAGUAGCAGAUGUUGAACCAAGCCUCAAAGAGCCCCAGGUGACAUUGCCAUCAGCCAGGGAAGAAGGAGAGAUAACAGUGUCAGGACCGGCAAUCCAGGCUCCAAGUGUUGAACUGGAAAUCGGGAUUUCUGCAGGAAAAGAUGGUGAGAAGGGAAAAAUUAAAAUGCCUGAUGUUAAGCUGCCGAGUGUGAAGCUUCCUGAGGUCAAGGCUCCCCAGGUACAGGUCAGUCUGCCAAAGGUGGAGGCAGAUAUUUCCCUUCCCAAAUCACAAGCCCAAAUUAAAGAGGGGGGAUUUGAAGUGAAAGUUCCCGACAUGGAAAGCCUUAUUGAAGUUGAGACAGGGAAAACUGAGGCAACAGGGAUGAAAAUACACAUGCCAAAAGUCAAGAUGCCUUCUUUGGGAUUUUCUAAACCAGAAAUCAAAGCUCCCAAAGGAGAUGUGGAUGUUACUAUAUCCAAAGUCGAUGUCACACUUCCAACGUGUGAUGUCAGUCUUCAAGAAGCUGACCUGAAAGCAGCCUCUGUUCCCGCAGAUGUCAAAAUCUCAACACCUGGAGUCAAGAUGCCCAAAAUAGAAGGUUCCGUUCAGCUGAAGGGUCCAGGGAUUGAAGUGAAACAGCCAUCAGCUGAAAUUAGAGUGGAGGGACCAGAGGGGAAAGCUGCCAGUUUAGAAGGGAAAAUUCAAAUGCCUAAAUUUGAAAAGCCAAAGUUUGGAGUUUCACAUCCAAAAGGCAAAGUGCCAGAAGGCGAGAUCAGCUUACCCAAAAUGGAAGAAGCUGACAUUCCCAAGCCAAAAGUCAAAGGCCAAGUAGGUGCAAUUGGCAUGGAAAUCCCGACGCUAACAGUGGAAGCUGAUGUUCCCGACGUAGAAACUGAGGCUUCCAGCUGGAAAAUGCAAAUGCCAUCACUCAAAAUGCCCAAAAUGCCGAAAGCAGAUAUUGAAGUACCAAAGGUAGACAUUACCCUCCCAUCAGUAGAUGUUCCUCUUCCAACAGCCACGGUGGACAUUAAGGGCCCAGAAGCAACAGCUAAAGCAGUGGAAAUAGAAGGGGAAAUAAAAGCCACUGAUAAAGAUGCUAAAGGAAAAGAAAGUAUAUUCAAAAUGCCAACAUUUGCCAUGCCUUCAUUUGGCUGGUCCACCUCAAAAGAGACCAGUGGUGGAGUAGCAGAUGUUGAACCAAGCCUCAAAGAGCCCCAGGUGACAAUGCCAUCAGCCAGGGUAGAAGGAGAUAUAACAGUGUCAGGACCUGCAAUCCAGGCUCCAAGUGUUGAACUGGAAGUCGGGACUUCUGCAGGAACAGAUGGUGAGAAGGGAAAAAUUAAAAUGCCUGAUGUUAAGCUGCCGUGUGUGAAGCUUCCCGAGGUCAAGGCUCCCCAGGUACAGGUCAGUCUGCCAAAGGUGGAGGCAGAUAUUUCCCUUCCCAAAUCACAAGCUGAAAUUAAAGAGGGGGGAUUUGAAGUGAAAGUUCCCGACACGGAAAGCCGUAUUGAAGUUGAGACAGGGAAAGCUGAGGCAACAGGGAUGAAAAUACACUUGCCAAAAGUCAAGAUGCCUUCUAUAGGAUUUUCUAAACCAGAAAUCAAAGCUCCCAAAGGAGACGUGGAUAUUUCUUUACCCAAAGCCGAUGUCAGACUUCCAACGUGUGAUGUCAGUCUUCAAGAAGCGGACCUGAAAGCAGCCUCUGUUCCCGCAGAUGUCAAAAUCUCAGCACCUGGAGUCAAGAUGCCCAAAAUAGAAGGUUCCGUUCAGGUGAAGGGUCCAGGGAUUGAAGAGAAACAGCCAUCAGCUGAAAUUACAGAGGAGGGACCAGAGGGGAAAGCUGCCAGUUUGGAAGGGAAAAUUCAAAUGCCUAAAUUUGAAAAGCCAAAGUUUGGCGUUUCACGUCCAAAAGGCAAAGUUCCAGAAGGCGAGAUCAGCUUACCCAAAAAGGAAGCUGACAUUCCCAAGCCAAAAGUCAUAGGCCAAGUGGGUGCAAUUGGCAUGGAAAGACCGACGCUAACAGUGGAAGCUGAUAUUCCCGAUGUAGAAACUGAAGCUUCCAGCUGGAAAAUGCAAAUGCCAUCACUCAAAAUGCCCAAAAUGCCGAAAGCAGAUAUUGAAGUACCAAAGGUAGACAUCACCCUCCCAUCAGUAGAUGUUCCUCUUCUAACAGCCAAGGUGGACAUUAAGAGCCCAGAAGCAACAGCUAAAGCAGUGGAAAUAGAAGGGGAAAUGAAAGCCACUGAUAAAGAUGCUAAAGGAAAAGAAAGUAUAUUCAAAAUGCCAACAUUUGACAUGCCUUCAUUUGGCUGGUCCACCUCAAAAGAGACCAGUGGGGGAGUAGCAGAUGUUGAACCAAGCCUCAAAGAACCCCAGGUGACAUUGCCAUCAGCCAGGGAAGAAGGAGAGAUAACAGUGUCAGGACCGGCAAUCCAGGCUCCAAGUGUUGAACUGGAAAUCGGGACUUCUGCAGGAACAGAUGGUGAGAAGGGAAAAAUUAAAAUGCCUGAUGUUAAGCUGCCGAGUGUGAAGCUUCCCGAGGUCAAGGCUCCCCAGGUACAGGUCAGUCUGCCAAAGGUGGAGGCAGAUAUUUCCCUUCUCAAAUCACAAGCCAAAAUUAAAGAGGGGGGAUUUGAAGUGAAAGUUCCCGACAUGGAAAGCCGUAUUGAAGUUGAGACAGGGAAAACUGAGGCAACAGGGAUGAAAAUACACAUGCCAAAAGUCAAGAUGCCUUCUUUGGGAUUUUCUAAACCAGAAAUCAAAGCUCCCAAAGGAGAUGUGGAUGUUACUAUAUCCAAAGUCGAUGUCACACUUCCAACGUGUGAUGUCAGUCUUCAAGAAGCUGACCUGAAAGCAGCCUUUGUUCCCGCAGAUGUCAAAAUCUCAACACCUGGAGUCAAGAUGCCCAAAAUAGAAGGUUCCAUUCAGCUGAAGGGUCCAGGGAUUGAAGUGAAACAGCCAUCAGCUGAAAUUGCGGUGGACGGAGCAGAGAUAAAAGCUGCCAGUUUGGAAGGGAAAAUUCAAAUGCCUAAAUUUGAAAUGCCAAAGUUUGGCGUUUCACGUCCAAAAGGCAAAGUGCUGGAAGGUGAGAUCAGCUUACCCAAAAAGGAAGCUGACAUUCCCAAGCCAAAAGUCAGAGGCCAAGUGGGUGCAAUUGGCGUGGAAACGCCGACGCUAGCAGUGGAAGCUAGUGUUCCUGACGUAGAGACUGACACUCCCAGCUUGAAAAUAAAAAUGCCAUCACUCAAAAUGCCCAAAAUGCCGAAAGCAGACAUUCAAGCACCAAAGGUGGACAUCACCCUCCCAUCAGUAGAUGUUUCUCUUCCAAAGGCCGAGGUGGAAAUUAAGGGCCCAGAAACAACAGCUAAAGCGGUGGAGAUAGAAGGUGGAAUAAAAGUCACAGAUAGAGAUGCUGAAGGAAAACAUAGCAAGUUCAAAAUGCCAAAAUUCAAAGUCCCAUCAUUUAGCUGGUCACCAAAGAUAGAAGCAGUUGUUAUAUGUGAUACUGAAACAACCCUUGAGGAGCCUACUUUGGCCUCUUCAUUAGAAGAAACAGAAGCUGAACUAACAUUAACUGUAGCUGAGGUUCAGUGCCCAAGUGUGGAUCUCGAAAGUGAUAUGCCUAUAGGAAAAGAUGGUGAGAAGGGCAAAAUUAAAAAGCCUCAGUUCAGCAUGCCAAAGAUAUCACUUCCUAAAAUGAAGGGUCACAAAGGACAGGUCUCUCUGCCAAAAUUGGAAAGUGAUGUUAGUGGUCCUAAGCCAGAAAAUGAAGGAGAUGUUUCAGUGCAGAUAUCAGAGAAAGGAAGCAGUGGAGAUAGAGAAGGAAUAACCAUAAAAAUGCCAAAGGUUAAGAUAUCUACUUCAGAAUUUUCAAAAUCAGAAACCAAAGCUCCAAAAAUGGAUAUGGAUGUUAGCUUACCUACGGUUGAUCUCACGCUUCCUACAUAUGAUGCGACUAUUCAACAAGCUGACUUGAAAUUGAGGUCUGCUGGUGCUGAUGUCGGCCUGUCAUCCCCAGAUAUUAAGAUUCCAACAUCAGAAGGAUCCACAGAGUUGCAAAGUCCAGAAAUAGGAGUUGAAGGAAUAUCAGCUGGAAUUGCUGUGGAUGGAGCAGAGAUGAAAGUUGAAGGUCUUGAAGGGAAGAUUAAAAUGCCCAAAUUCCAAAAUCCAAAGUUUGCAAUUUCAUAUCCUAAAGGGAAAGUGCCAGAGAGUGAGAUCAGCUUAUCCAAAAUGGAAGCUGAUGUUCCCCAGCUAAAAGCAAUGACAGAUAUUGUUGACAUUGCUGUGGAAGCACCAACAAUAGAAGUUGAAUCUGCCAUCCCUAAUGCAGAAACAGAAUCUUUAGGCUGGAAAAUCAAAAUGCCGAAAAUAUCUCAAGCUGAUAUUAAGACACCCAAAGUUGACAUUAACCUCCAAUCCAACAUUUCUGUUCCAAUGACAGAGAUUAGCAUUCAAGAUUCAAAUAUGGCAUCUAAAGCAACAAUGGUUGAGGAAGAAAUAAAACCUGGAGAUACAGAUAUGGAAGGGAAAGAAGGACAUUUCAAGUUGCCAAAAUUCAAAUUGCCAUCAUUUAGUUGGUCACCAAAAAAAGAAGCAAGCAUUAAAGCUGAUUCUGAAGCACUUCUGGAAGAGCCUAAAAUUACUGUAUCAUCAGGCAAAACAGACACAAAACUAGCAGAAAUUGUAACUAAGGAUCAGGGUCCAAGCAUGGAUCUUGAUAUUGAAAUAUCUACAGGAAAAGAAGAACAAAAAAGCCAAAUUAAAAAGCCUCAAUUUAUCAUGCCUAAAAUUUCAUUCUCCAAAAUUAAGGCUCCUAAAUCUCAGGUGAAUCUGCCAAAAGUGGAAGGUGAUGUUACUGUUCCUAAACCAGAAAGAGAUGGAGAAGACUUAGUGCAGAUACCUGAUAUAGAAAGCAGUCAUACCAAAAGCAUAGAAGAGGGAGCACAAAUAAAUAUAAAAAUGCCAAAAGUUCAGAUUCAUACUCUGGAUUUUUCCAAACCAGAAAUCAAAGUUCCCAAAUCAGACAUGGACAUUAGCCUACCUAAGGCUGAUGCCACCUUUUCUACAUAUGAUGUGAGUCUUCAACAGGCUGACCUCAAAUUAAGGUCUGCUGGUGAUGAUGUCAGCUUAUCCUCAGGUAUUAAAUUUCCCACAGCAGAAGCUUCCAUUGAGCUGAAAAGUCCAGAAACAGGAAUUGAAGGACCAUUGGCAGUGGAUGGAGCAGAAGUGAAAGCUGAAAGUCUUGAAGGGAAGAUGAAAAUGCCUAAAUUCCAAAAGCCAAAGUUUGGAAUUUCACUUCCAAAAGGCAAAAGACCAGAAAGUGAGAUCAGCUUACCCAAAAUGGAAUCUGGAGUUCCCCAGCUUACAAUGACAACAGAUAUUGCUGACAUUGCUGUGGAAGCUCCAAUACUAGAAAUUAAAUCUGAUGUCUCUCAUGCAGAAAUAGAGGUUUCAGCUGGGAAAAUGAAAAUGCCUCAAGUUUCUAUCACUGACAGUAAAGCUCCAAAGAUGGAUGUUAGUCUCCCAUCAGUUUCUGUUUCAACCACAGAGGUGGCCAUUCAAAGCCCUAAGGUGGAGGAUAUGAAAGUGCAAAUCGAACAUGAAAUGAAGUCUGGAGAAAUUCAGACUGAAGAACAUCAGGGCUGGUUUAAAAUGCCAAAAUUCAGAAUGCUAUCAUUUGGUCGGUCAUCUUCUAAGGAAAAAAGAGGUGACAUUGAUAGUGAAGGGAGCCUGGAAAAGCCUCAAGUAAGUGUUCCUUCUGCUGAAAUGCAAACUGAAAUAGAAGCUCCUAAAUAUGCAACAUCAUUGCCAUAUGUGGACACUGAAUCUGCUGCUGGAAAGGAUGUUUUGGAAGGUAAAAUCAAAUCUGCUAAAGCAGAGAUUCCAAAAGUGGGAUUUUCUCUCCACAAAGGUAAAAGUUAUGAUGUUACCUCAUCAAAGUUUGAAGCAGAAGUUUCACUACCUCCAGAAAAAGUAGUUAUUAAAGUGAGCAUUCCUGAAACAGAAACUUAUGCUGAUGUAGUUAAACGUGGUACUGAAGGACAACAAUUGAAAACAUAUACUCCAAAAGUCAUGAAACCUAAGGUAGAACUCUCUACAUCAGAAAUUAGUGCUUCAAAAACUAGGGUGGACAUCAGCUUACCAAAAGCUGACAUUACACUCCCUAAAUGUGAUCUGACCCUUCAAGAACAAAAAGCCAAAUCAGAGCGUGCAGGGGUUCCAGCAGCAGAACAUUCCAUUGAACUGAAGAGUCCAGAAAUAGGAGCCAAAGCACCAUCUGUUGAAAUUGCUUUGGAUGGAACCCAGAAGAAAUUAGAUGUCCUCCCAAAAGUAGAGCUGGAUAUUCUACAUGCAGGUGCAGGAAUUAAAACUGAAAAGCUAGAGGGCGUGAUAAAAUCUACAGAAAAGGAUGUUCAAGGAAGAGAAAGUAAAUCAAAAAUGCCAAAAUUCAGUGUACCCUCAUUUGGAUGGCCUGCCACAAAGGGAACAGGAGAUGUUGCUGAUGUUAAAACGAACCUUGAAGAGACCAAGAUUGGUGCUCCAGGAAUUAAAAUGGAUACUGAAAUAAGUGUUGUAGACCAUGAAAUACAGUUUCCAGCUGAAAGUGUUGAAAAAGAUAUAUCUGCAGGAGUCAGGGUGAAAGUGGAAGGUGGAGAUGAAGCAAGCAAAAUGAAAACAUCUAAAUUUAAGAUGCCAAAGUUUGGAGCGUUACAUUCAAAAGCAAAGGGUUCUGAAGUUGAUGUCUUUCUCCCAAAGUUAGAGGCUGAAGUUUCACUGCCUAAAACUGAACUAGGCAUAGUAGAAAUCCAGUUUAAAAAAGCAGAUGGCUCCAUUGACCUGCAAAGUCCAAGUUCAGACCUUAUGGAACCAUCAACCAGGAUUUCAAAGGACAAGCCAGACAAGCAAAGUGAAAGUGUAGAGAUAAAUAUUAAAAUUCCCAAGUUAAAAAUACCAGCGUUCACUUACAAUGCACCCACAGUUGAAACUGACAUUUCAACAUCAAAAGUGGCAACAGACUUGAAAGGUGCUGGUACUGACAUUGAAACACCAAAACUGGAAGUAAGCACUAGGAUCCCUAAAGAAAGACCAGAGUUUGCGGGUGGUAAUAUCCAAACGCCAUCCGUCAAAAUUCCAACAUUGGCUGAAUGUGACAUUAAAACCUCACAGGUAUACGUUAAACUCCCAUCCACAGACUUUUCGGUUUCAAAAGCAGCACUACAGAUUCAGGGACCACUUGCAGAGGGUAAAGAUAUAAAGACACAAAGUGAAGUUGAAUCUGGACAUGGUGAUAUCGAAACGCGUGAGACUUACUCCUCUCAGAUAGUGAAAGAAUCUGAGAUUCCUUCAUCAGAAAUUAAAACUGCUAGUUUUGGAUUUUCACUUCUCAAAGUGAAGAUACCUGAGUCACAUGUUAAACUAGACAUGCCAGUCAAACCGCAGUCUUAUACAGAAUAUAAACAUAAGGUGUCCAAGAGUGAAGUUCACCAACCUAAACUUUCUGAUGCAACUUUAGGGGUAGCAAUACAGAAGACUGACUCUGCUGAGUCUAAAUUAUCUGGCAAACAACAAAAUGAAACUGAUGAAUCUAAUGAUGUCAUUUCUUCCAGUGUUAGCUUGCCAAAAUUGAAAACAUUUACAGUUGAAGUACAGCCUUCCGGUAAACUUGGAGACACUCAAUCUGAUAAGCAACCAGAAGAAAUAGCUGUAUCUCCUCUCUCUAAAGAUGAUAAAAUAGCUAAAAUACCAGAAGAUGAGGAAAAAGAUAUGAAGGAUGAAAAAGAAAAAACUGACAGUAAAAGAUCUUCUGGCAGAUUCAAAUUUUGGCUUCCAAGUAUUGGAUUUUCUUCCUCUGUUGAUGACACAGGCUCAGAUUCCAAACCUGAAGUCCAAAAAUCAAUUCCAGAAGAAAUCCAACCUGUUGAUUCUUCUGCAUCAGAUACUGACUCUUCUAAACAAACUGAAAAAACUGGAUGGUUUAGAUUUCCCAAAUUAGGCUUCUCAUCCCCAUCAAAAAAGGCUAAGAACAUUGACAAAGAAGAAGAGACAAAUCUAAAAGAAAUGAAAACUUCAGAUGAUGAAAGUCCAUCAGAGAAACCUGAAACAUUUUUUGAUGCAGAAGAAAGCUUAUCGCCUAAAGAAGAAACAAUUAAGGGUGAAGAAAAUGAAACUACAGGGACCUCAUCUAAUGUCCAAGUUUCUGGUGCUAUAGUUACAUCAUCAGCAAGAACUGAAUUAAUCUUGUUGGAGAGGGAAAAAGCUAGUCAGCAAAGUAUUCUUGAAAAGACCACCAAAUGAGUAUUUUUUUUCUGAUCUAAAUGUAUAUGGAAAAUCUGAAUGUAGAACAAACUAAGAGAAAAACACAUGCAGAAAAAUGCUGUCUUCCCAAAGAGUUUUCCAGAAGAAAUGAAAGUGGAACAGAACUUAAAACUGACAUUUAUGAAAACAGUCUAUGGAUCAUUCUUCACUACACUGGCAUUUGCAAGCACAUGAACAUACUGUAGGUCCUAAUGUAACUUUUGUUUCCAUGAGAUGUACCCACGAAGAAACACACAACUGCUGAUGAAAAGGAGGCAUUCAUACUUUUAACAAAGUCUGAUAAAAUUCUCCUAACCAUGCAAAAUAAAGUGUUGAAUGGAGCAAAGAUAGUGAAAAGAUUUUAUUAAAUAUAAUUCUCUAAAACAUGCCAAUUGUGUUUAGGUUAUAGAUUAUUUGCAGAAAGGAGUAUAAAGCUAGUGCGAUGAGGACUAGAAAUAUACAUAACUGUUUAGAUUUUAUUUUAUUAAAUAUAUGUCUGUCUUGAUGUUGCUUUCUUAUGAAAAAUAUAUUUUCUUUAUCUUAGAUAGAGCAAUAUUUGUAUUCCAUGAUCAUUUUAAAAUGUCAAACAAGUAGAAAUAAUACUGUUGAUAUGACACUCCUUCCCCCCCCACCCCAAUUAGUAGGGUGGAUAAUAUUUAGCCUUAAAAAAAAUAAAAACUUCAGGAAAUGCUCCAGAUUCCUGAAAAAUAUAUACUGCUGACUCACAUAUUCAAAAUACAAAAAUAAAAUAUGGCAACUGAGAAGAAGAAUAAAAAAAAUUGGGGUAAGAAAGAUCAUUAUGUAUAUACUUAUCAGAAUAGUUAAUGCAUAGAAUGGGGCAUAUGUGAGUGGAAUCACUGGAAAGGUUUUUCCAGAGAAAUAAGAUGUAAAUAGUUAUUUACCUUUUGUUUAUAUCAAUGCUUCUCUUAAGUACACGACCAAAAAGGUAGUACCAUAUAUGUUAGCCAUCACUGUACAUGUAUUACUAGAAUGUUGAAUGUAUUCUCAAUUCACAGUACAGUCACUGUAUUGAUAAUAAAUGCAGUAUCAUUA